CGGACCUGACGCGGACCCGUCUCUCCAUCCUCCUCUCACUCACUCCAUGCGCUCCGCCGCACUCGCGCAAAACCUCGUGUAUUCUCCGCUAAAAGUAACUUUUUUUUUUGUUUUGUUGUUAAAAUAGUUUAACUUUGAAGUUUUAUUUUUAUUUAUUUUUUUAAUUCCCCCCGACAUGAGCACUAUGGCAGCUCCCGCCGCUCCUCCGGCUCUGCUCCCCGCCGCCCCGCUCCUCGGACACCACGCGCCGGCGCCGAGCUCCGCGUCCCCGGCCACCAGCUCCCCGCCGCCGGCGGCCACCUCCGCCGCCUCCUCGCCCGGGGCGCCCCCUCCCCCGGUCCCGGUCCCGGCGGCGCUGCUGCUCCACCAGUUCAGGUCGGAGCUCCUUCUGCACGAAGGGAACCCCUUAAAGAGCGGAGGAGGACCCCCCCAGCAGCAGCCGCCCAAGCCCGUGUACGCCACCGCGUCCCCCGUGGAGAGCACGCCGCAGAACAACGAGUGCAGGCUGGUGGAGGUGAAGGGAGCCAAGCUGGCCUCGUUCACGGUGAAGGACGCCGAGCUCAUCUGCCUGCCGCAGGCUUUCGACGUGUUCCUCAAGCACCUGGUCGGCGGGCUGCACACCGUGUACACCAAGCUGAAGCGGCUGGACAUCACCCCGGUGGUGUGCAACGUGGAGCAGGUGCGGGUGCUGCGGGGGCUCGGCGCCAUCCAGCCCGGCGUGAACCGCUGCAAACUCAUCUCCAGGCAGGACUUCGAGACGCUCUACAACGACUGUACCAACGCGAGUUCCAGGCCUGGACGACCGCCCAAGAGGCUGCAGAGCGUGUCUGAGGGCGGGACUCACCCCAUGCUGUCUCACAGUGGUCUGAUGCACGCUGGGAUCAUGCCUCCUGCAGAUCUAUCUGUCCUGGCCAAAAAGAUCAAGUUGGAGGCAUUGGCCAGUUACCACAGCAACCAACAACAUGGUGGGCCAAACGGUGAGAACGGUGACCACAACCCUGGGCUGGUUCUAGAUCAGUUGCCCUUCAUGAUGAUGUCACAUCCUCUGAUACCUGCCAGCCUGGCGCCGGCCUCCGUUUCCAUGGCAAUGGGCCAGAUGAACCGACUAAGCACGCUGGCCAGCAUGGCCAACAUGGCCCAGCUCAGCGCCAAUUCUUCCUCCAGGGUUCCCACCUCAGUCAUUAAGGAGCGAGUGCAGGACAGCCCCUCUCCUACCCCCUCGCUGGAAGAAGCUCAGAUGUCGUCCAAUCACAGCAGCAGUGUGUCAAGUUCACCGCUGCACACAGAACGCACUGCAGAAAACACACAUCCGCUUCAUGAUGGUCUGUCGUCGGGUCACAGCAUGCUGGGACAUUCUCCUGGGAUGCUGCAGGGGCCCAGGGAGACAGACGUGGCCUCAGUGGAGUACAACAAGGAGAACAAGAGGAGCCACUCUGACAGGGACAACAGCUACUUGGCCGCACAGACAACCAGGGAGAGCUGUGAUAGACAAGUCUACCAGAAACCCCCGUCAGGCAGGGAGAGCUGUGAGAGGGUGUCUUACCCUGCAGGACAGAAGCUCACAGCGGGGCUCCACCACACUCCCUUCAUCUUCCCGGAAGGCUUGUCCUCCAUAGAGACCCUGCUCACGAACAUCCAGCAGGGUCUGCUGAGGGUUGCCAUAGAGAAUGCCCGGGCGCAGGAGAAGCAGGACCAGCUCGAGAGGACGGAGCUGAAGAUGGAGCUCGUCCGAGAGAGGGAGCUCCGAGAGACUUUGGAGAGGCAGCUGAGCAUGGAACAGAAAAACAGAGUUCUGAUCCAGAAGCGCCUGAAGAAAGAAAAGAGGAGCAAGAGGAGACUACAGGAGGCCUUGGAGGAGGAGGUGAAACUCCGUGAUCAGGCAGAGCAUAGCCUGCUGCACACUCCCAACACACACAUAGGCCAUCAGUCAACCACAGCUCCUCACACAGAACCCACGACCCAAGACGUGGACGGGAACAGCCACGAUGACAACAGGCUGGACGCCAAGGCGACAGUACAAGAGAGCAGAGUGUUCCUCCAGACCUCCGGGAUGUACUGAAUACGAGGUGGAAGGGAGGACAGACUGUUAGGCGGAUGGAAGAACGGUGAUGAAGAUUCCUCACUUAUGACAAAUACAAUCAACAGGCAUGCUCAGUCCCGCGGCGGCAUCAGAGACACAAACCCCCACCUCCCCCACAUUACAUAGGUGACAUCUGAACUUUUCUCUUUGCUCUCUUCUUUAAUUUAUUGCAUUUAUCACAAAAUCUCAGCUGUAGUGAUAAGAGUACUUUUCCCCCUGAUGUUGUGUUUGACUGUGUUUCUUUCGAUCUAGGUUUUUAGAUCCUAGAUGACCAUAUUUGUUUUUUUGUCAGUGCUGUUUAUUUGGACGCAAGUGAUGAAUAUAACGUGUAACAGAGUUGUGUACAUAAAUAUAGUCAUCAUUUUUAUUAUUCUGAAGAAAAAAAACCCAUAAUGGCAUGUUGUACAGUCAGUAAAUUACUUCUAUUGUGUGUGUUAUGCAGUAGUGCAGUUUGACAAUACAAACAAUA